AACACCCUCUCCACUUUGUCACUUUCUCUUGGUGUUUUUGAAAAGCAGCUCGUAACGAUGGAGGCUCUCCACACUCAGGGGGUGUUGAUGGCCGCCUCCCUGCAGCAGAGGACCAUGGAGCAGGAGAGGCUGUGGCAGGUGGUCACUCACAUGGGGGACCCCAAGGCUGCCUUCCUGCUCCUCUUCCCCUUCACCUACUUCUUCAGCCGGCGAGCCGGGGUGGCGGUGCUGUGGGUGGCGGCUCUGUCCGAGUGGCUCAACCUGGUGUUCAAAUGGAUGCUGUUUGGAGAAAGGCCGUUCUGGUGGAUUGGUGAAUCUCGUCUAUUUGUGGACAAGGAGCUGACAGUUCAGCAGUUUUCCUCCACCUGUGAGACGGGGCCAGGCAGUCCGUCGGGACAUGCGAUGGUGACAGCAGCGUGCUGGUGGGUGGUGGUGUCCUCACUGGGAUCAUUCCUGUACUCGCGCACCCGCAGUUUGGUGUUAUCAGCUGCUCCCUUCCUGUUCUACGUGCUGAUGCUGGUGGCCGUUGGAAUGUCCAGGAUCUUCAUCCUCGCCCACUUCCCUCACCAGGUCAUCGCCGGCUCCAUUACAGGUUUCAUUCUGGGGGUUGUCUUGAGCCGCAGAGUACCAGAAGGUCGCCCCCUGCUGUUCUUCUUUAGCGUCAGCAUGGGUCUGCUGCUCGGUGCUCUGUUGCUGCAUACUGGAUUAGAGCAGCUGGGAAUCGACCUCUCCUGGUCUAUUGCUUUGGCUAAGAAAUGGUGCAGCCGCGCCGAGUGGAUUCGUCUGGACACAGCUCCGUUCUCCUCCCUGACCCGAGAUUGUGGGGCUCUCCUCGGUUUGGGGCUGGCUCAGUACUGGAAGCCAGGAGGAUGGUCUCUGCCUUGGGCUCCACGCGCUUUAUCUUUGGCCAUUUCAUCCAUGGGACUGUACCACGUGAACCGGCUGCCACUCCCAGUCCGACCACAGGGCGUCUUCUGUGGCCUCUUCUUUGUCAAGUUUGUCAUCGUGCCUCAGAUUGUGAUAGUUCUCGUCCCUGGAGUGGUUCACCUCUUCACACACAAAAAGAAGAAGGACUAGAGACCGUUCUGUCCAUCAGGUGUUUUCCACACCUCUGGGGACUGUAGCUUUCCUCUUACAGGACAGUGUCUGUAAAUACUUUAAAUAUCUACUGGAUUUCAUUGGUACUGUUGUAGGUACAGUCACUGCACUUUUGUUUUUCUCUUUGAAAUCAAUCAGCAUUUGUCUUUCCACUUCUCAGCGUCUCAUCAUUUCAAUCAGUAGUUAUUAAAUGUUUCAUUUCACAGAGCUUCAUCAGGUCAUCGAUUGGGUACAAAAGAUGUCGGGUCUGAGUUCUAAAACCUCAUUGAUGUGAGUGUAAAUAGUCUGGGCGGAUUUAUUAUUUAUUCAAUAAUUUUGAUUCAUAAAUCUGUCAAUAAGACCUGAUAAAUUAAUACCUUUCCAAGUAUGUUGCUCAGGAGAUGGACACAAGGUCAGAGCUUUAACAGAGAGAAUACCAAUGGUAAUAUUUUUCCAUAUCUGUUGUUCACUGUUGAGGUUCAUAAAAGUACAUUUCAAAGUCGUUUACAUUUUGUUCUGUUUGUAAGCUUUAAACAUUUUUGUCAUUGUACUGAAUUGCAUUAUAUUGUGUAAUAGUGUAUUAUAAAGUUAUAUGUCGUUUCUUGGACUAAAAUCCAUACAUUACAUUUGUUCUUUGAAUGCAAACGAUGAGUCAAAUAAAUAACUGACAUGCAGGGCGUGUUUCAGUUGGUAACCAUUUAUAAA